GAAUAAUCAGAAUUUCGGGUGGCGCUAAAAUCGGAGGUCCACGAACAAAAACUUGGUCCGAUUGAGCGAAAAUACCCCAUAUCAUCGAAAACGAGCGGUCGAUAUUUGUAAAUAACUUCCGACAAAAUCGCGUAUAUCUUUCAAUUUUCUCCCCUCUUAACUUGCGUUUAAUAGGUGUCUGUGGACUUGUGGAAAAAAUUAUUGGAUCACUUUACCAUUUCAAAUCUGAAGAGGCGCGGCUACAAGCAGACGUUACAAGAUGUAAGCCUGCUACCUCUCUAUUGAGUAAACAGAAAAACUAGAGCAACGGAAAUUACUACGCUCUGGCGUCGAAUAGGGUUAAACGUGUGAUGAACCGAACCAACAAAAAACUAGGCUGCACGCGCAGUGAAAACUCUGGCUUACUCUCCAAUGGUACGUAUAGCGAGGGAAAAUUAAAAGUAUAUACAGGGUGUCUAGGAAUUACGCAUGGACGCUUCGCAAGGUGAUCCCCCAGCUCGAGAUCGAUGACAGUUCACAAACACAUAGCCUCGCAAAAUAUAUUUUGACCUCGUAGAAAGUCAAUGUGAAGAUAUGUCAUCAGCGACUCUUGGAAGUUCCCUCGAAACUUUCGUUCGUUUUAACGAGUGGGAUUUUCAGAGUCGAUGUGAACUAUGGCGUUAAGAGUUCGAAGGUGAAGGUCAAUCUUAUGACUUCGAAGAUAUUCGCCGAUCUAUGACUGGAAAAUCGUCUGAAAAAGGGAAGAUGUACAGGCUCCUUCGGGUGAACUUUACUAUAUUCACGGUGCUCGCGAAUUGAAGCUGCUUGAUACGAGAGGCUCUUCCAUUGUUCAAACUACUAUAUCGAGAUCCUUACGGACCAUCAUCAGCUGAUCUUGUCCUCGUCGGACAGCGCAAUCAAGUUAAAGAGAGGGGGCGCCCUCAAAGGCAUCAUUCUAUCACGGUGGUUCAGGUCACAGGUUUCACUGUUUCGUUUCCCUACCAAUAAUCAGGGCUGAUUUCUGAUUUCGAGAUUUCACGGAUAAGCCCCCUCCUAGAUCGGCGAAGCACUCUCUUUGAGCGUUACUCGCCUUCUGCAGCACUAAAGUUCUGCAAACGUUGCGGAUUACUACACUACCGUAGGCCUAGUCUAGUUCGUUACCAGUUGCUAUCGCUAAGGCCUCGUCGGCGGUGCUCCCGGACUAUUUAUCGGCGGUUUAUUCGGGUACGGAAAACUUUCGUCGAUAGUUUUCAAGAACUUGCGGUAACUUGAAACGGAUUUCAUAAGAAUUAUUAUCAAUCGCGUCUGGUCAUCGUAAUUCUGGUGACCAAUGUAUAGCAUGGGUGGGUGGCAAGAACCGGUUCCCUAUCUUCUAGUUCUUGGCUCUAAGCUUUGCAGACUUUGAGAAAAGUUUUGAACAUUUGUAAGGGAUGAAUUUAGAAAAAGUUUUGGCGGUGGUUUUCCUCGUUAUACUUAGUCAGAAAAGCUCGGCCAUGAUGAAGAUAGAGCGGGAUGAUCAAAGAAAAUGUGGUCGUCCAGCUGCUACUCAGAGGCAACCUCGUACACCGAGCGAUAUCACCCUUACGACUUCUACGACGGGGAGGAUUUUCAACGGUAAACCAAGCCAGAGAGGUGCCUGGCCCUGGCAAGUUUCCCUGCAACUCCUUCACCCCAAAAUGGGCUUCAUCGGACACUGGUGUGGAGGUGUCCUGGUCGACCCUGUGUGGGUUUUAACCGCAGCUCACUGCAUUCACAACGAACUCUUCAAUUUGCCGGUCGGAGCCUUGUGGACUGCGGUGGUGGGUGAAUGGGAAUUAGAUUCCGGGCUACGAGGAUCAGCUCGACUUCCGGUUGAACGCGUCAUCCAACACGAGCGCUUCAAUAACUACGUACAUGAUAUCGCUUUACUGAAGUUGGGCAGACCAGCACCAUUGUCGUCAAUGGUCAGAACGAUUUGUCUACCCGAUGCAGAAGUUGAACCGAAAAAAGCAGCUAGUUGCGUGGCUUCCGGCUGGGGCAGAUCAGGCCCUUCGCCAUCGCUGUCGACGGCGCUUUUGGAAGCGAGUGUUCCUCUUCUGGACGUGGAAGAGUGCGAAGUGGCGUACGGGCAAUCCGUUCCGAUUCGCAGUGGUCAUUUAUGCGCCGGACACACGGAUGGUUCGACCGGAAGUUGCGUGGGCGAUUCUGGGGGGCCUUUGCAGUGUCGUCGAGAAAACGGAGAAUGGGAAUUGGCCGGAGUCACGUCCUUCGGCUCAGGGUGUGCGCGACCUGGGUAUCCGGACGUCUACACUCGUGUUAGGCAUUAUCUCACAUGGAUCAGAGACACUAUGAAGGCCGAUGCGAACUCAUGAUUCCGGUGUUUUUCUUUCCCCACUAGAAUAAUAGUGAAUUGAAUUGUUUAAUUAUUGAAACUAUACAAUUAUGGUGCAGUGAGUCCAGCGACAAAAGUAUAGAGUACGUCGAACGUCAAUGCGAGCAAAAAUCGUUUCGAUAAACCUCCGUGAUACUAACUGUUGCAAAUAUUGUAAAUGAAGAUAAAAUUUUUGAAUCAGGCUCGACGACCAAAA